AUGAAGCUCCUCCGGGUUGAAUUAGCCGCAGUGACGCAUGAGGUGUCUUCGUUUAGGCAGGAGCUCGCAUCAUUAAAAGGUGCGUUAAGCGAAGUAGGUAAAAGGGUCGACAGCGUAGAAGCACGAUUGACUCAACUUGAGGAUAAAGCACCGUGCACCAUGUCAGAGAGCCAUUUACUGGAAGAUUUUGCCAAGUUGAAGUCGGAUCUUAAUGAGCGCGAACAGUCGUGUCUAUUAAACGACAUCGAGAUUACAGGCGUCACAGAACGGAGUGAGGAAAAUCUGCAUCAUGUCACAGGCCUUAUUGCAAGUAAAAUCGGAGUCACCUUGGACGAGCGCGACGUUGUUUACGUUGAACGCUCAGGACCGCGGCCGGCUUAUUAUGAAACCGGUGAACGAUCUCGCCCGCGCCCUAUCGUAGUGCGACUAGCGCGCCGCUCGAUUCGCGAUCAACUACUGCGAGCGGCGCGCGUGCGACGCGGGGCUGAUACAACGGGCCUUGAAAUAGACAAGGAACCCAAGCGAUUUUAUAUAAAUGAGCGUCUGACAAAAACAAACCGUGACUUGUUCUAUCAUGCACGAGAGGAAGGCCGUCGCAAUGGGCUGGAGAAGAAGGCCGUGCUCCUAUUAUACCGGGUUACAAAUUACAGCAUAUACCUCGCCCACAAAACAUACGCGCACGCGGUGGCGGCGUAG